AUGCCUCGCCAGACCGCCUCGCGGUUGGUGGUCGGGGAGGGUGGCAGGUCCCCGGGCGCUUCGGGACCCGCAGCCACCAUGCUCCGCUCCCUGCUGCUUCACUCGCUGCGGCUCUGCGCACAGACGGCCUCGUGCCUCGUGCUCUUCCCGCGCUUUCUCGGCACAGCCUUCAUGCUCUGGCUGCUCGACUUCCUGUGCAUCCGCAAGCACGUCCUGGGCCGCCGCCGCGAGGAGCCCGAGCCAGAGGUGGAGCUCAACAGCGACGGCGAGGAGGUGUGCCCCGACGACCCACCCAUCUGCGUGUCCGACGACAACCGCCUGUGCACCCUGGCGUCGCUCCGAGCAGUGUGGCACGGCCAGAAGUUGGAUUUCUUCAAGCAGGCGCACGAGGGUGGUCCGGCGCCCAACUCCGAGGUAGUCCUGCCCGACGGUUUCCAGAGCCAGCGUAUCCUCGACUACGCGCAGGGCGCUCGGCCGCUAGUGCUCAAUUUCGGCAGCUGCACCUGACCACCCUUCAUGGCGCGCAUGAGCGCCUUCCAGCGAUUGGUCACCAAGUACCAGCGCGACGUCGACUUCCUCAUCAUCUACAUCGAGGAGGCACACCCCUCCGAUGGCUGGGUCACCACGGACUCGCCCUACGUCAUUCCGCAGCACCGCAGCCUGGAGGACCGGGUCAGGGCAGCCCGCGUGCUGCAGCAAGGUGCGCCCGGCUGUGCCCUGGUGCUGGACACCAUGGCCAACUCCAGCAGCUCAGCCUAUGGUGCUUACUUUGAGCGCCUCUAUGUCAUCCAAAGCGGCACCAUCAUGUACCAGGGCGGCCGCGGCCCUGACGGCUACCAGGUCUCAGAGCUGCGUACCUGGCUAGAGCGCUACGACCAACAGCUGCAUGGCGCGCGGCCGCGCCGGCAGUAA